AAAGCGUCACUCUGUCCACCAAUACAACAGCUGUGUGAUGAAAGCAAAUCUGUGAUCCAUGAUGAAGGAUGGUUUGAGACUAAAUCACCUGUCAGUCAUGUCUUGGACCAAAUGCCAUCUGAUGACAAAGUUGGCCAAGCCCUUGUUACUGGCAUUUUUAAGCUAAAAACUGACCCAGCACAUGUUGUAACUGUUUCCACCAGCCAAAAGAAGGUCCAGGUGUGGAACUUGACCUCUGGUAAAGCUGUGAGGACACUUAUAAAUAUCCCUCAGCCAAGAAAUGUCCGCAUGGUUGACGACUACAGAGCUGUUGUGCUUUGUAACCGGGAAUUGAAGGUGUUUGACUUGAACCAGGGCACCUUGCUGUCAGAAUUAAAAGGUGUCCUGAAUGUUGAACGACCUUAUUUUGAAAUCAUGGAUGAAAAUUAUGCUGUGACUUUAUCCAGGAACAGAAUGUAUGUGAACAUCAUGGAACUGGAGACUGGAAGCCAGGAGUCCACUUUCAAAGUGGGUGAGGACCGUUUCCUCGACAGCCUCUUUGUCAGUGCCGAUGGCCAGAUGUGUGUUUGUGGAGAUGAGGUCCAGAAGCCAUUUCCGCUGCUUGUGUGGGAUUUGCCUAACAAAAAGCUGAUCCAUGAUAUGCGCAUCCCUAACCAUGAGUUCCUUACCAGCAUGGCAGCCAUUUCUCAUGACGGGCAGUACGUGGUGUCAGUGUGCAAGGAGGUUGAUGACCCUGCUCCAAACUUCCUGACCAUCUAUGACCUUCAGAGCGGUCAGAUGUACAAAAAGUGGACACCAGAGGUCAGCACCUGUGCAGUGGCCAUUUCGUCUGCUGGUCACUGUGUGGUCAACUGCCUGGAGACGGGGACCCUGAUGGUCUGGGACCUGGUAGCUGGAGGGUUAAGACAUGAGCUGUCAGGACAUAGACAAGGUGUGGACCGUAUCCUCAUUAGUGACAGUGGGACCAGAUGUGUCAGCUACUCCACCAACAAUAUAGAUCAGACAGUCAAAUUGUGGGAUUUGACCAAAGGAGCAUGCCUUGCUAGUUUCACCUCAGAUGUGCCACUGACCAGCUGUGAGUUAAGUAUGGAUGGCAAUGCAGUCAUUCUUGGGCUGGAAGGAAGAGAGGACAUUUUAGUACUACAGCUCUGCUUGAAGGAAGGAGGUUUGCAGAUGAUCACAGAUGGCAGCUAUGGGGAUGACUCUUUGAAAGACAAGGAGUUUGAUCCAAUGGCAAAAUAGAGUGCAUUUGUUAGCUUGUGACAAACACAGCCACUCUGGAUGAGACAGGGAAUUUGUAGUAGUGUCUGUGUAUGGAAUUAAACUAGAAGUGCAUAAAAGUCAGGUAUUUGUAACACCCAGAACUAUUGUAAAACCAAAGAGAUUUAUCACUAUGCAUAACAGUAUUAGAUGUAAGUCUAAGUCACGUGAAUAUAGAAGAUUUUUUUAUAUUAUUAUUUUAUUAAUAUAUUUUUCUCAAAGCUCUUAGUAUCUUUCAAAAAUUAUAUGUAUUUGAUCUAUAUAUGUUUAUCUGUAAGCAACUUAAAUAUUUUUAUUUUAUUGGAUAUAAAUAUCUGCAAUAUAGCAGUUCAUAAAGAUUAACUCUUAAGUUUUAGAACUAUUUCAACAGUCAUCCAUGUUUUGUCCUUGCUUGUAUGUACAUUUUACUCUGUCAGCUGAAUUUUAUGUAGGGGAAUUUGUACACCAAGGAUUAGAGACAGUGUUUACUAAUGACCUUGAAUCCAAAGUUUCAGCCAUAAGUGUUGUUAAGCCAUCAUUGUUUUCAUUUGCCAUGUUCUGAUAAAGCAAUCAUAUACAGAAAUGUCAUCAGUGUCUAUGUUUGUUAUGCUAUAAUAAAACAGUGGCAUAAAGAAAUAAUUAAAGAAACAAAAAAGCUCUGUUGCAUCAGCAUCAUGAUUAAUAAUCAAAAUUUAAAUCCUUGACUCAGUCUUAUAAUAUUACAUGUAUAUGAUAUGAAGACUUUGUUUUAGAUAUAAAUUAUAUGUACCAGAGUAUGAUUUUCUACUUGUGCCACUCUGAAUAUAAUUAUAACUUCAAUACCAGAAUAUAAUUAUAACUUCAAAGUUUAUAAGAAAACAAUAUUUCCAACUUUGACAAUCAGCUGUAGAGAAUUUAAAAAGGAAAUUGUGACGCUUAUAAACUUAUUCUUGUGAUUUGUAAAUGAUGAAAGACAGUUUAGUCAUAUUUUAAAUCUUUUAUUUGUAUACCUCUUGUACAUAAUUGAAAUGAUUGUAUCAGUUAUUUUUGUAAACAACAUGUAAACAGGUUAUUUUCCCCCAAAAAAAGUACCUCUUUACAUGAAAUACAAUUAACAUAUUGACAACUGAUAUUUGAUAUCUAUAUGUAUAUGACAUUGGACAAUCAGUGUCUAUUUUGUAAUAGUAUGUUAUCGUUGUGCAAAAUAAUGAUAAAAUGCCAAAUGAACAUUUUGUAUAAAUAUCUUUUUCCAUCAAGACUUGUCAGAUGUUUGAUAAUUCCUAAUGCUUGUUUAUGAUUCAGAAAUACAAAUGCUUAAUGAAGUACUGCUGCAUUUUCGUUGGACUUGACGAGUCACCCCAUGUAUAAAACCUGUCAUAUAAUAUAAAGUUGUGAGGCUUGCCAUGAAAUGGAACAGAAAAUAAAGAAA